CCGACCUCCGUCUGCACUCAGCACGCGCGCCAUGGCGAUCGCCGGUAACCUCGCCCUGCUCGCCUGCGCGAAGGGAAGGCUGGGAAACUCACGCAUCGCCGGAGCCGCCUCCAACCCCGCCGCCGUCUCCCUCCGACGCACCGUCCCCUCCUCCGCGCCUCUCCUCCGGCCCCCUCCGCUCGGCCGCUCCGCCGCGGCGCGCUGCUCCCCAGCCGUCGUGCGCGUCGCUCGCCGCAACCCCCCCUACACUGGUGAUACCGCGGACCAGGUUGAUGUGCAACGAGUUGUGAGAAAGGUAUUAUGGAUGCUGUUUGUGGGUUUCAUCAUUUGGAUAGGUAUCUCUGUGUUCAAGUGGAGAAAGGCCACGCUUUCAGCUGCCAUCAUCUAGAGGAUCCUUCACUUUGACAUCUAGUGAUUAAGAGAAAUACUACGACACUCGUUGAGAUUUCGAAGACGGAAGUCUUGGGCAUUUUACCUUUGGAGGCAGAACAUUUUAUUUGUUGACAGGAACUGUUUAUGUCAGGCUUGGCAGUUGCCCGGAGUGGAAAUGUUUAUUAGAAAAUGAAAAUUCUGCAUUAGCGCCACUGCGCUUGGGAUAUCUGGAUAGUGCAAUAGCAGACUCCUUAUGACAUUUCACUAAAUCCAAUGUGCAAUGUUAUCUUUCUCUGUCGUUGCUCUGUGGUUCCUGGUAGCCUGUG